AUGACAAUCAACUCUGACAGCAGCUCCGUGCUGAGUGGGGAGGAAUGUGAGAAGGGCCUCCCGCUCCUUCUCCCCACUGAACUCUUGCUUCGACAUGUUAUCUGGACCUCACAGGUCAGCCCCAGAGCAGCUGGCUCCGUGCCUUCCUUCCCUGGAAGCCGCAUGACCUCCCCAGCGCCGGUGCCUACCAUGGCCUUCCCACGCAGUUGCCCGAUGCCAGCUCAUCGGAGCACAGCGGAUUUCAGGACGCGGGGGGUGUGGGCCCGCGGGGGAGCGCGCGGCCAGAGCCGCGCUGCAGAGCUGCCACCAGCCCGCUUUGUACUUGCGGCCAAGCGCGGCCCCAGAGUUUCGGCGGCGGCCAGGGGAGUUGAGGCCACGCCCCCUUUGCAGGGAGAGCCGCGGCCGCCGAUUGGCCCGCCGCCGACCAAUCGGCGCGUUGAGGUGGCCCGGGCUGUCAGCGCGCGCCGCAGCCGCGCGGGUCGCAGCCUGUCCUCCCCUGCGCGGAGCCCCGCAGCCAGCGCAGCCUUCCCGGGAAGCGCGGCUGCCGCUCUCGAGCGCUGCCUUGCCCUGCCCUGCCCAGCCCAGCCCGCCAGCCGCGCGUCCGGGUGCCCGCGCCCCGCGGCCACAGCCUUGCUGCGCUAUAGCGCACGGAGCAUGUGCAGACCCUCAGGCGCCGAAGUGCUCUCUGCCCCGGGGGGCUUCUGGUAG